CUAUACACGCGCCGUGUCCGACGUUCGGGACUAUUUUUUUUCACCAGUAAACGUUUGGACGUCAAUCACGCAAGUUUGCGCGCUCGUUACCAAUCAGAAAGUUGAUCGAUAGUAUUUUUUUUGUUUGUAUCGUGGUUAUCAUAAUAAUAUAAUAACAAUAACAAUACCAAAGUGCACUACAGCAAAACAUAAUCAAUUUAUACAAUACAAUUGUAUAAAUAUUGAAACUAUCGCUCUAUAAAUAUAUUAUAGAUCUAGAGAAAUGUCUCAUACGGUGACAGUUACCCGGACCACAACAUCUACAACAUCUGCUAUAAUCCUAAACACUGGUUAUGUGAAAUCGGUGCCUGGGUUAUUAAAGUUAGCCGAAGUUAUUUUAGGAGGCAUUGUUUUGGGUCUGUUGAUUUAUAACAGAGAUAACUUAUGUCAUUGCUGGGUGUAUGGCACGCACAACGCACAACUUUUUUUUUUGGGCACAGUUAGUGCGUUUUUCUUAACGAGUCUUCUGUUGUUGAUUUCUUGUCUGCUAUCCAUUUCCACAGGGCCUAUCAUAUCUAAAACUAAUUUUGAGUUUAUAUAUCAUGGAGCUGGAUUUGUAUUUUUGUUGGUGGCAUCUGUAUUCCUAUUGCUCGAUGCAAAUGAUAAUAGUGGUCGUAACCCACAAAAUCACUUCGUAAUUGCAUCAAUUCUGGGAUUGAUAAUGGCUGCGUUUUACCUGCUAAGUUCAAUCUGGGGUUAUAGGUCAUACAGAGGCCCAUGAACAUUCUGUCAAUUAUAAUAUUUUACAUAAGGAGUAUAACCACAUAGACAAACAAAAUGGACGACUAGCAAAAAGUGCACAGAUUAAUUAAAUUAUAAGUCCGCUUAAGUACAUAAUUUAUUGUAUAAAUUAUUAUUAUAAAGCAUUAUCAUGAUGGCCAAUUUUUAUGGUUUAUCAAACACUUUCUACCGUCAUGUCCUCAGAACUUAUACAUUAACUUUGUUAAAUAUGCUUAUGACUUAUACUAUACCAAAUGUGUUUGUGUUAUUUUUAAGUAAAUUAAGACAUAAUAAAACCUAUUGCUAUAUCUGUACUCGUGUUUACCGAAAAAUUAAGCAUCUUAAGUUUAUUUUAAUUGCAUUAUUCAAAUCAUUAUACAUUUUAAGUGAUAA